CAUCUUACUCCUCCGUCAGAGUUAGGAUGCGGACGAUCUGGUGGCAGUCAUGAGUUUGCCGUGGCUGUGGCUGUUAGUCGGAGUCACCGUCGUCGUUUCGUCGGCACUGCCGGAGGAACCUCAACAGCAGCAACACCGACGUGUCUGGCGGAAACUGCUUCACAGGCAUCGUAGAGCCCGUAUUAAGUAUGAGUGCCGGAAAAACACCACCAUCCACCUGGACACACCAUCCUCCAUCGUGGAAGGCUACAACCGGUCUUCCGAGCAAUAUUACGACAACUCCAACUGCCGGUGGCAAAUCUUGGUGAAGGAACAAGAGAGAAUACUCCUCGCCUCUCUGGACUUCCUGCUUGAGAACAGUCCAAGGUGCAGUUUUGACUAUGUCGAAAUAUUUGACGGGGGACCCAGACAGGAACAUUCUAUUGGUAAAUUUUGCGGUCGUCGUGAUGUGCGCCUCAUCAGCCGUUCACAAGUACUGUACAUCCAAUUCCGGUCAGACGAAAGUGUUACUGCGCCCGGCUUCCGUUUUGAAAUACGCAAACUUGAAGAUGCAUCUAGUCCCACGUGCAACAGAACCGUGACGGGGGCACCAGGAAUCAUCCGCUCCAUCAACUACCCCCAGCGCUACCCCGACGGCACCACCUGCUUGUAUAAAAUCAGCGCACCCCCGAACAAGAAAGUGAAGCUGGAAUUUGAUGACUUCAGUUUGGAGAAAGAACCCUGCGAGUAUGAUUACUUAACUGUCUACGACGGUCACAGCUCAGCAUCUAACGUGCUGGGCAGCUACUGUGGGCGACGCGCGCCACGCUACAUCGUCUCCUCCACCAACGCCCUACUGCUGUACUUCCAUUCCGACGACUACGUCAACGAGAAGGGUUUCAGCUUGAACUACACUUUUGUUGAUGACAGUGCCCAAGACCAUCAGGUUGUAUUGGGGGACCUACCACCUGAUUAUGACCUAGAUUGUUCAGCCAAUAUAACAGCGGUGGGACACAACUUGAGCAGUCCGGUAUUCAAUGAAGACUUUUAUCUCCAGCGGAAAAGGUGCCGGACCUCUAUUCGUGCACCCGCAAAUCAAAGGGUCAUCCUUAAUAUUGAAACGUUCGACCUUGAGGAGAGCUUUGACUGCAUAUAUGACCAUGUGAACAUCACCUACCAAACCAAGGAAGGUGAAGAGACGACAGUACGGAUGUGUGGCUACCAACGACGGAACUCCCGCUGCUUUGAGUCUUGGAACAACCAGUUGACCUUGGAUUUCUCCUCUGACCGGAUGUUCGAGGGGAGCGGGUACAGAGCCACCUACCGGUUUGUCCCGGAUAACGAAACGGGUUCCAUCUGCGACAUGUCUUCAUGUGACAGCAACUGCAAGGGCUACUGCUACAGUAAAGGCAAGGGAGACUUCCUCUGCGCAUGCCCGGCAGGGAAAGUACCUGACGAUUGUUCUUUAAACGUGAAUUGGACGGACACAGAGAAGAACGUGACGGUGUAUGAACGAUCACAGGUCACGCUAGACUGCUCCGUGAACCACCCGUACGCCGUCACGGUAUGGGACUUCAACGACAUCCUGCUGCCUGACGAUACGAUGCCACAUGUCAGGGUGGACGAGUCCACUAUGACCCUGGAAGGGACACGGGCGAAUGACACUGGGAGAUAUACAUGUACAGUACAAGCCGGGGAAUGGUUGAGGUCACGAACCAUAUGGCUUACCGUCAAACCAGAUGACAAACUCUGUGGGUUUUCGUCCAGCAAGAUAAUCAACCCAAACGUCAACAAUGCUGCUAAGAAGGUAACCGGAAAAAAUUCAACAGAAGCCCCAGAUUUCAUCCCUUGGCAGGUCGUCCUUUGGAAUGUAGCUAAGGAGUCUGUCCAUUGUGGAGGUGUCUUAAUAACAGACCGAUACGUCCUCACUGCGGCACACUGUGUGUAUGGUAGCCUCAAUCUAUCUACCAUCAAGGUGGUGAUGGGAACGAAGUCUUGCAAAGGUAAGAAUGGGGAGAAGAGAGGUGUUGUUCGGUUUGUGACGCACCCAAGCUAUACAACUUUGAGUCUGGAGUUCGACUUUGCUAUUCUGGAACUGGAACGACCGGUCCGAACCCUCUCCGAGUCUAUCUACCCGAUUUGUCUACCUACCCCGAAAGUCUGGUCGAGCAUCACAACUGGCCAGAUGGCUAUUGUAUCCGGUUGUGGCAGCGAUUCCCAUCGCCGUCUCCCGGACCGGCUGCGUAUGGUAGACAUCCCUCUUGUAUCGAGAGAGAAGUGUAAGGAAGAGCAGGAGAGGAGCAAUAGAAUCUUUUCAGACGACAUGUUCUGUGCCGGUUACAACAGCGACAACAUCGGGGACGCGUGUGAGGGGGAUAGCGGCGGGCCAAUGGCUGUGAGAGUGGACAACCACUGGACUGUUAUUGGACUGGUGUCGUUCGGUCGAGACUGUGCCAAGAAUGGCAGUUACGGUUUCUACGCCAAUGUGUCUCACGCCCUACCCUGGAUACAGACCUUUGCAGGAUCAUGUGGUAAAACCCGGUUUAUCGAUGAGAACUACAGUACUGGAAGGAUUAUCAACGGACACGAUGCCCUUCCAAAUCAGUUCCCAUGGAGUGUAGCAUUGGUCAAUGCAGCAACCAAGAACCUGCAGUGUAGUGCCACCAUCAUCAGUGACUCGUGGCUCUUGACAGCUCGACACUGCUUGGAAGAGCUGUCAGUCCGUCAAAGACAAAACUUGCACUCCUUCCCUGGGAGUUUAAAGUUGAAGACAGACCAAAACAGGACAGAACAUGGGUUAAAAAAAGCAAUCUUACAUAACAGUGAAGAUCUAGCCUUGGUUAAAGUGGACCCUAUACUGUUUAACGAUGCUGUCCAAGCAGCGUGUUUGCCUGCUAAGGAUGAUACCAUUGAACCAGGGACGGAGGGUGUGGUGUCGGGAUGGGGGAAGACAUCACUUGAUAGUGAAGCUGUCACGUCAAACCACCUGCUGUACAUAAUGGUGUCUCUUCUGAACACCACCCAAUGCAAGAAUGAGACGGAGAAUGCAAUUCAAGACAACCGUGUGUGCUUUAAGGCUAGGGACACCACCUCCGAGGCAGCCUCUGGGGACAGCGGCAGUGGCCUCAUCGUCAAACACACAGAUACCAACACUCUGAUGGCAGUGUACAAUGGAGUAUUUCCCGGUCGCAACAAACCUGGCGUGUAUACGAACAUCCAACCCUUCGUUCCUUGGAUCAAGAGGAAAAUGGGAUGGAAGUCGGUGUGAAUUAUGCUAAUUGCGUUAUAUACGUUUGUAUAUAACGAUGUCCUGUUAUAUUAUGGGACACACUUCCGGUAAUACUAGAUCGUGUAUGUCAGGACAGGUGUCAGGUGUUGAAGUACCUGUUGUUUCACUGGUAUACUAAAACAAAUUUACAAAUUAUCAUCUGAAUCACUGUCAAGGCAAUGUCGAGGUUCAAUCAGGGCCUAGGUUACAUCAAGGUCUAGAUUGACUCACUGCCUAGACUGCGUUUUGACAGUAUUCAAGGAUGUCAGCUUGCAAAAAAUAUAUUAGCUAAUGAUAGCCAUGUCAGCAGAAACCCAAAAGCGUAUAUUCUGCAGGUCAUAUAUAUGUGUCUUAUGCGGAUUUUCAUUUGUUGUGAGAUCAGUGUUGGCGACCGGUGAAGAGUUAAUCCAUUUUGUAAGUCCCGCCGAACCCUAAAUAGUAGCCGUUGUCCGACUGGUUAAAUCCGUUCUGUCGUCACGCGUUUGAUUGGAAGGUCAUAGGUCGCUCAAAGGUUACCUAACGCGACCUUCCACAGGGUUUUGUUAGAUUCAGUAUAGCAGUGUAACGAAUAAUACUGAGCCUAAGUUUACUUAGACUGCUGCCUAGACAGAAUAUUGUCUAUAUAUUGAAUCAUUUAGGUUGAUUCAUGGUGUAGCUUGGAUCACGGUGUAGGUUACAUCACAGUCUAGGUUGAAUCAUGGUCUAGGUUGAAUCACGGUGUAGGUUACAUCACAGUCUAGGUUGAAUCACGGUGUAGGUACAUCACUGUCUAGGUUGAUUCACGGUGUAGGUUACAUCACAGUCUAGGUUGAAUCACGGUGUAGGUUACAUCACACUCUAGGUUUCUUCACGGUGUAGGUUACAUCACAGUCUAGGUUGAAUCACGGUGUAGGUUACAUCACAGUCUAGGUUGAAUCACGGUGUAGGUUACAUCACAGUCUAGGUUGAAUCACGGUGUAGGUUACAUCACAGUCUAGGUUGAAUCACGGUGUAGGUUACAUCACAGUCUAGGCUGAUUCAAGGUCAAGGUUAUAUGACAUCUCACCGAAGCAAGGGAAUUACUUGAACAGAAAAGUCCAGUUUUCAAACUUGACGAACUUGGCUGAAACUCCUGGGGUGUAUUUUGGUUGGAUUAACGAGUCUAAAUGCAUAGUUCAAUCAUAAAAUCGCGAAA